GUCUGUUUUGCUAUGGAACAGCUGAGUGCUACACAGCCACUUUAAAUCAAUGCUUCAGCUUCUUGCACUCGCUGAUGGAAGCCAAGGCUCAGCUGAUUGAAAUGUAUGUAUUCCUGUGUGCAGAGACGGGCGGGUUACGACCAAGGGAGCUUAAAAGAGAGAAAGCGAGAGAGGGAGAGAGAGAGAGGGGAGAGAGAGAGAGAGAGAGAGAGAGAGGUCAGACAAAGCUCACAACUGUUUUGUGUUAAUUCUCCCAGAUUGCUGGGGAGUACAGUUGAUUUACUGCUCGGGAAUCUCCCACAGUUCUCACAGAUUAACUAAUUGCCUCUCCUUUUGGGAUUAGCACACCGUUGAUGAGCGAAGGCGCUCAGAGGGGGAGGACAAGACAGAGAGGAAGAAAUCACUGUCCAAGAGGAAGGUAAGAUGCUGUGUGUGUGUUGAGUGUUUUGGGAACUGUGCUCCGCUGGGUUUUCUAACAGAGUCUGAGCUGUUACGUGUUUGUCAGGUUGAGCACAGUGCGGAUUACGAAAGAUAUAAAAGCAUUACUGUUCACUAGCAGUUUGAGAUGUGUUUUUUAUUUUUUUUAUUGGUUUUACUGAUUCUUUACCACAUUUUCAGACAUGCUAAAGAGGUGUAUAUUUACAUCCAUUCUCAUUUAACAUCAACAUAGUUUUUUUUCCCAGUUGCAUUAAGGCACGUGGUGGGUUAUGGUUAGGGCUAAAUUAUACUACUAAACUCCACCAUCAGAGAAAGCAUGCCAUCUCAAAACAUCAAAAUAGAUACUGUACCUUCAGCUUAUUGUCAAAGGCUUCUAAAUUCUUCCUUUUUAGUUAUUUAGUUGUAGUUCCUUUUUAGUUUACACUCUACUGUUUCUUCUUGUCUGAAAGUUCUUUCUCUCUCAUCCCUCCUCUCUUUCUCUCCUUCUAUUUCACAUCAUCCAUCCCCCUCUCAGAAACACUCUUCUUUCCUCCUCCUUCUGUUUAUCUCUGAGUAUGAACAACACAGGGGAUCCGCCUUUAUCCCUCCCCUCCUCGGUCUCUCCUCCCUUCCGUUCUCGCCUCUCUGUCUCCAUGGAUCUUGGCGUGGCUGUUUAUAUGAUCCUCACAGGCAUUGUGUCCAUAGCCGGUAAUGGCUUGGUGUUGCUUGUUCUGGCUCGCAAGCCGAAGGGGCUGAGGCAUCACGAGCUCAUGACCAUCAACCUGGCUGUUUGUGAUUUCGGCUACAGCCUCCUGGGGGCCCCUUGCCUCAUCAUUUCCAGUUUCUCCCAUGGUUGGAUGUUUGGAGAGACUGGCUGCAUGUUGUAUGGGAUCCAAGGCUUUGUGUUUGGGAUUGGUUCCAUGCACACGACCUGCCUCAUCUCAUUGGACCGCUGUUUGAAAAUCUGCAGCUUCCGAUACGGCCUGUGGAUUGAGAGGAGGCAUGCUUCAAUGGCCGUUCUAAUGGUGUGGGUCUACACAGUGUUCUGGGCCUGUUUACCUGCCUUUGGUUUCGGAAGCUAUGGCCCAGAACCCUUUGGGACCAGCUGCACCAUAAACUGGUGGGGGAUGAAGCUAUCCCUUAAUGACAGAGCCUUCAUCUUACUCAUCCUCACCCUUUGCUUCUGUGUGCCUACAUUCAUCAUCAUCACCUCCUACCUGGCCAUAUUUUACACGGUUUAUCGCUCAAGACAUACUUUGGCAUCCAUUUCAUCAACAAAUAGGACCCACAGCAGCAAAGACCUGAAACUUACAAAAAUCGCUGCUGUGGUCUGCUCCAGCUUCCUAAUAGCCUGGACUCCCUACGCCGUUGUGUCCCUCUACACGGCCCUGACGGCCAGGGAGGAGCAGGAGAUGCUGGGGGUACCUGUGGCCGGAGUCGGGAUGGGUGGUGGGAGCAACGUGACUGGGCUCUCUGGCCUUGUCGCCAUUCCCUCCCUGUUCAACUCGACCACCGCAGAGAGUCCAGCCUCCGGAAUGGGAUCCCCAGGUCUGUGGGGUGCCACUGUGGGGUAUCCCAGCUCUUGGUCCGGGUUCAGUUCUACAUUUGGAUCCAGUUCUGGUGCCAGUUUCACUCAGGAGAGGCGGGUGGUCCGGGUGGUGUCCAGCCUGUCGCCAGUGCUGACACUCAUCCCCGCCAUGUUUGCCAAAGCCCACUGCAUGAUGAACCCCUUCAUCUACCAAAUCAUGAACCGCGAGUUCCGAGCAGAUGUCUGCCACAUGCUGGGGCUUAAGAGUCGAGAGAGGAAGGCAAGGACAAUUACCAGCAUCUCUGAUGGUAAGACGCACAAAAAAGAUGUGUAA